CUAAGAUAUGGGCCUGGGUCCGAGUACCCGAAGUCUGCCGGGUCAUGAAUUCCUCUCUUCUUCUCCAAGUCACUUCCCUUCGCCAUAUACUCCCCCUAAUUCAUCCAUCUCAUAUUUUUCCUAUAAUUUCUCAAUUCAGAGAAAAGGGCAUAGAGGGAUCGAUCUACACACACAGAGACAAAGAUGGAAUGCGUUUUCGGGAUGGUGGGGAAAGGUUUUGCCUUGGUGGUAGCAGAUACAUCGGCGGUUAACAGUAUUCUAGUUCACAAAUCGAACGAAGACAAGAUCAUGGUUCUCGAUUCUCACAAGCUCAUGGGCGCCAGUGGUGAAGCUGGUGAUCGAGCUCAAUUCACGGAGUAUGUACAGAAAAAUGUAUCUCUGUAUCAAUUCAGAAAUGGGAUUCCACUAACUACCAAGGCUGCUGCAAAUUUCAUGCGUGGUGAGCUUGCUACAGCUUUGAGAAAGAAUCCUUAUAUGGUGAACAUUGUGUUAGCGGGGUAUGAUAAAGAAACGGGCCCCUCUCUGUACUUCAUUGACUACAUUGCAACACUACACAAAGUUGACAAGGCGGCGUUUGGUUACGGUUCAUACUUUUCUUUAGCCAUGAUGGACCGCCACUACCACCCUGACAUGACGGUUGAUGAAGCCAUCGCGUUAGCCGAUCAGUGCAUUGAGGAGAUUCGGUCAAGGCUCGUUGUGGCCCCACAAAAUUUUCUCAUCAAGAUUGUCGAUGAAAAUGGGGCCCGCGAACACUCGUGGCGUAGGACUACAAAGGAUUGAAACAAACAUGUUUGUUGCCAACUUUGAAUUUAUGUUUUCGAGUUGUUUGCUUGUUUGUGUUCUUGGGGGAGAUUUAGGGUGAAAAAAAUGGACAACUUUUGAAGGUUUUUAUUUGUUAUGUGGUUGUUGAAUUGUUAUAUGUUAUGGGAAAAACUUUAGCUUUAAUGAGUCUUGUUUUGAUGUAGAUUCGAGAUUUGGAUUGAAAUGUGGAAGAAACUAUUCCACUAUGAUCAAUUAGAAAGCUUGAAUAGUUUUAAAGAAAAACAAGGAUACAUACUACGGGGUGUUUGGAUAAAUGGUUUUUAGUUUAUUAGCUUAUUGUUUAUUUGCUUAUUGCGGUCCGAAUAAGCAUUUUUUU